GCGUUAGUCAGUUCACUGUUGUUUACCUUCAUAUAUCGGUGUUUUAGGAGUCUCUGGAGCCUUGUCCUGGUUUCCUUCCUCUUGAUUUUACUAGGUUACCGACCUUAAACAUGUCCUCUGUGGAAGCCCGUGCUCUGCAGCUGGGUGCUGCAAACAACCCAGUGAGGAUGGGUAAAGCCGCGGCAGCUGGUCCUAAGAGAGCGGCGCUGGGAGAGAUGACCAACUCCAAUGCAACAUUAGCAGCCGUCAACACAAAGAGGGGAAGAGCAACCAAAGCCUCAGCUAAACCGCCUGCUGCCCAAAAUCCCAAAUAUCCUGCAGUCCAGUCAGUGGCUCCAGUGGUCCAGGUCUCUGAAGUGCCUCCGGCUCCUGCUAAAGUCACAGAAGAGCCGGCUGACAUGCCCAUGAAGGAGGAGGAGCUGUGCCAGGCUUUCUCUGAGGCGUUGCUCACUGUGGAGGAUGUUGAUGAGCAGGAUGGAGAUUUUCCACAGCUCUGCUCCCAAUAUGUCAAAGACAUCUACAAAUACCUACACAUCCUUGAGGUCCAGCUAGCUGUACGAGAAAACUACAUGCAGGGUUAUGAGAUCACAGGACACAUGCGAGCUAUUCUGGUUGACUGGUUGGUUCAGGUUCACUCCAGGUUCCAGCUGCUGCAGGAGACUCUGUACCUCACAGUUGCCAUCCUGGAUCGGUUCCUCCAGGUUCAGCGAGUCUCUCGUAGAAAGCUGCAGCUCGUUGGCGUCACUGCCAUGAUGUUGGCUUGCAAGUACGAGGAGAUGUAUGCUCCAGAGGUGGGAGACUUUGCCUACAUCACAGACAAUGCUUUCACAAAGUCUCAGAUUCUGGAUAUGGAGCAGGUGAUCCUGAGGAGCCUCAAGUUUCAGCUGGGACGUCCCGUGCCUCUACACUUUCUCAGGAGGGCUUCAAAAGUGGCCAAUUCUGACAUCCAGAGACACACACUGGCCAAAUAUCUGAUGGAACUGACUCUCCUUGACUACAACAUGGUUCACUAUCGACCUUCUGAGAUUGCUGCCGCUUCACUCUGCCUCUCUCAACUGCUGCUAGAUGAACUACCAUGGUCUCCUUCUCAGCAGCACUACUCUACCUAUGAUGAGGCUCACCUGAAGCCCAUCAUGCAGCACAUCGCCAAAAAUGUUGUGGCUGUAAAUGAGGGCAAAACAAAGUUCCAGGCUGUCAAGGUAAAGUACUCAAGCAGCAAGUUGAUGAAAAUCAGCCUCAUUUCUCAGCUCAAGUCUUCAGUCAUCAAGAACAUGGCAGCUCCUCUCCUGGACAAACAAUGAGGCCUGUCUUGUUUUGACAUGGACAUUUUACUUGCACUUUAUGUUUUGUUUUUUAAGCGAUACCUGUGGAUAAACUUGUAGAUUUUAAUAAACAUGUUUUUAAAAUAAUUCUAUCGUACUUUGUUUCAAAACAUGCACGUUGUGGUCCAAAUACAUCAUUUCUCUGCAGACUGAAGCUUGUAAAAUGCAGCUUUAAUGUGGUUCCUGGAAACUUUAAUCAAGUUUUGUUGUGUUUUUUUUUUUUGUUUUGUUUUUUUUUAAGCCUUUUAAAUCUAUAUUGGCUUUUCAUUUGAGUAAUGCUUGAAAGUUUCAGAUUUCUGAAACGGGAGUCCUACCUCACUAGAUGUAAAGUGCCUUUUUUUAAAUUUUUUCUUUUUUCAUUUCAUGGUUUACAUGAAGCACCUGGCUGUAGUUUUUAUUUUAGACUGGCUUCAAACCUGCCUUUCUCUACACUCCUGUACAUAUUUUUGAAUUAUGCAUGUUGAAGGGAUUUUUUUUUUUUUUUUUUGCUUGCAUCAUUUAGCUUUAAUUCCCAUAGUCUAGUUUAUCUAACUGGACAUUUCUCAUGUUAAGCAGCUUGUGAAGCACAGGUGGCAGUGAUGACAUCAUUGAUGGUUCUGUUUAAUUUCUCACAACAUUCUGUGAACAAUGCCUGA